AUGGGGAUGCACCUCCUACUGCUGACUGUGGGCCUGGCGCUGGUCUGUGGCCUCUGGGCUCAUGAGGAGCAAGAAUCGGACCUGUCAAAGCUGUCCGGGAGCUGGUACAUCUCAGCCUUGGCCUCCAACAACUCGGCCCUCAUCGCGCCUGGUGGGCACUUCAGGGUCUUUAUCAACACCCUGAACACCGAGGACGGCAACCUGCUCGGGGACAUCCUCGUGCUGGAAGAGGGCGGGUGCAGCAAAGUCUCCCUCGUCGCCUUCAAGACCGAGGACGACGACCGGCAAUUCACCAUGGAGUUUUGGGGACACAAUGAGCUCCACCUGGAGGAGGUGGUGCCCAGCGAAUUCCUGGUUCUCUACCUGAUCAACCUAUAUGAAGGCGAGACCAGCCUGGUGGCCAAUCUGCUGGUCCGGAAACCUGUUGCAGAGAAGGAGUUCCUGGACACCUUUGAGGACAUCUGUGAAGAGCUGGGCCUCCUCAAGGAGCAGAUCGUGUUCCUGGAUCAAACCGAUCGCUGCGAGAAGUUCAGAGACUAG